UUCAUUUUGUGUGAAAUGUUUCAUUUUUUAUUCUCCUGAAGUUAAAGAAAGAAAAGGUAAGAGUCAAAGUGAAAGCUUUUCGAUUAAUUGAUCUGCAGCAAAUGGGUUAUUGCCCUUGUUUUGGUUGGAUCAAAGGCAAGAAACUGAAGAGUGAUGACAAGAAAGAACAUAGCAGAAAAUGCAAGCCUCAAUCGUCUUCUGGAGUUGGUUCAGUAGGAUCAAAAAGCAUUGGAGGCUUAAGGAGGGAAUCACCUGCUGCAAUUGAUGAACCUAACGAGGGAAACAGGGCUCACACUUUCAACUAUCAACAACUAGCAAGUGCAACAGGAAAUUUCAGCAAAGAAUCCUUGAUAGGGCAAGGUGGAUUUGGGGCUGUUUACAAGGGACAAUUAGAAAGUACUGGUCAGGUUGUAGCUGUUAAGCAACUCGAUAAGACAGGGCUUCAAGGGGAGAAGGAAUUCCUUGUGGAAGUUCUCAUGCUUUCUCUUUUGCGUCACCAUAAUCUUGUCAGUUUGAUUGGUUAUUGUGCCGAAGGCGAUCAACGCCUUCUUGUAUAUGAAUACAUGCAGCAGGGAUCCUUGGAAGAUCACCUCCAUUAUCUUACACCUGAUCAGAAACCUUUGGAUUGGAACACAAGAAUGGCAAUUGCUGCUGGUGCAGCCAGAGGCCUGGAAUAUCUUCACACUGAAGCUAACCCCCCUGUUAUAUAUAGAGACUUAAAAUCAUCUAACAUACUUUUAGGGGAAGGAUUCAUCCCCAAACUCUCUGAUUUCGGGCUUGCAAAAUUCGGUCCAAGUGGGGAUAAAUCUUAUGUUUCCACCAGGAUCAUGGGAACCCAUGGUUACUGUGCCCCAGAGUACCUCACCAGUGGAAAAUUGACUACGAAGUCUGACAUCUUUAGUUUUGGUGUAGUCCUAUUGGAGCUGAUUACUGGACGUAAAGCUCACGAUGACAGCCGUCCUCGUGAAGAACGACUACUUGUUGAUUGGGCACGACCGAUGUUAAGAGAUGGAAUGAACAUUUCGAACUUAGCUGAUCCAUUGCUGAGAGGUCAGUUCUCCAAGUCAACGAUGAAGAAGGCUGUAGAGGUGGCCUUGCUAUGCAUCCAAGAGAACGCAAAUUGCAGACCCUGUAUCAGAGAUAUAGUGCUUGCUCUUGAUUACUUGACUUCGCAUCCAUAUGAAGCUGCUAAAAGGGUUAGUAUGAACGAGUCUCCCAAGGAAACAAGCAUGCUGUUAGACAGGGAACGAGCUGUUGCGGAGGCCAAGAUGUGGGGUCAGAGUUUGAGACAUAAAAGACUACACACUGCAGAAAAGGCUUUGGAUGCAUCGGACGAGUAAAGGCUUACUUCUUUUUCUAUUGCUUUUAAAACUUGUACAAAGAAAAGUUGCAAACAUGGAAUAUU